AUGCGCAGAUACUCGAAGGACGCGGGGACCAGGGCUCCCCGGGCACCCGACUCUGUGCAGGGGGCUGCGAGCCGCCGGCUGAUACGUGCAAAGCCCACGUCUCCCCCAAUCCUAAGUGACCAUCGGCGGCCCGAGGGGCCUCGUGGAUGGACCGGAGCCUGGGCAGGGGUCAACAGCGAGCUCCUCACUCUGGCUAACCCAGCAGAUAAGGAAUUAACGGAGGGAGACUGGCCAGCUCAUUGCAUCCAUGAGAAAGCGGAUUCCGGGGAGGCUGGGACAAGCAAGGUCCUGCCUCAGGAACAGUCGGCUUCGGAUGCCAGUGCUGUCACCACUGCAGGUGGACACUUCCUGCGGCGCAGCUGGUUCCUCCACUGGACUCUGGCCUGGGCAGCAUUUAACCACACCAACCUCCCUACCACUGAAGCCUCCUCUAACCGGGACUGGCUGCUGGUGAACAAGGGCGCCUGUGACCUCUGGCCGAGAAGAAGGAAACACCUCCAAGUCUAUCUGCAGCCCCCCGCCCUCCGAGAGCAGCCCCUUGGUUCCCUGGCUCGGCAGGUGUCGGCCCACCGCCGCACCCGGGCUAGCCCGGCGCCGUAA